CGCGUCACUGUCAUCUUUCAGCCUUACCAACCAGGCAGCAUAACGUUACUUUUGAACGUUUACGCAGAAGAAUGAAGGAUUUAGUUUUGCUUUUAACUGUCGUGAUUCUGUCGCGAGUAAAGGGAGAAACAAUGGAUAACGGUUUCUGUAUUUCGAAGGAUUGCUUCGCCACUUCACGGAAGAUAGCGAAUUUUACGACGGCACUAACAAGGUGUCAAGAAAAAUCAGGACACUUAGUAACAUUGCACUCUAAAAUAUCACAUGAUGCUUUAGCUAUAUUGCUAAACAAUAAUACAGGAGACUUUUGGAUUGGAUUGAAGUUUAGUAAAAGUGGAUGCACCGAUGUCACGACUGGAUUGAGAGGGUACGAGUGGAUAACAGGAGCAGGAGUUCACUCGGACUUUACCAACUGGAAAAGUAACGAGACCGUUUGUGGUCCACGGUGCGUGUCGAUUUCGAAGGACCUGAAGUGGAGCGAAAGAUCGUGUGAUGAUGAGAUAGAUGGUUUUCUGUGUGGGUACUCUUUCGGCAGUAUGUGUGAGCCCCUGGUGCCAGAAGGAACCGACAAGACUCUCUCCUAUCAUACUCUUUUGGGAUUUCAAGGCGAAGGUUUCCGUUCGCUUCCUCCUGGAAGCAUUGCGACGGCCCGUCCCUCUGGAAUUAGGCACAUCUGUUUACCCGAAAAUCAGUGGAUCAGGGCUCCAUGGAGCUGCGAGAUAGCGAAAGGUGGUUGCGAUCAUCAGUGUUUUCAGGGUGGACAGUGCAGUUGUCCGCCUGGACAGGCACUUGAAAGGAAUAACGUCUCCUGUGCAAAUGUAUCAAAUGACCCAUGUGCCAGGGCAGGAUGUGAACAUUAUUGCUCACCGAAGAAUAACAGCUAUGAAUGUCUGUGCAAGCCUGGAUUCCAGUUGACAGAGGAUGGGAAAAAAUGCAAAGACAUCGAUGAUUGUCUCGAUGCAAGAAUAUGUCAGAACCUGAAAUGUGUCAAUACUAUAGGUAGUUUUGUAUGCAAAUGCCAUGAUGGUUUCCAAAUGGUUAAUAACAAUUGCGUCGACAUAGACGAAUGCUCCUCAAUGCCUUGCGAGCACGAGUGUAUUAACGUGCCUGGUAGCUACAACUGUUCGUGCUUCAGUGGUUACAUUCAGCGAAGCGAUGACUUUCGAAAGUGCGAACUCCAUUGUCCUUUUGAAGAAUGUCUUGCCGAGUGUGAUAUAAACGACCCCAAUGACUGUAUGUGCCCCGAAGGCUUCAUAAAAGACGAACGCGAUAAAAUAUACUGUGUCGAUAUUAACGAAUGUGACAUGUAUUAUUGUGAGCAGGAGUGCAAAAACACAUAUGGAGGUUAUGUGUGCUCCUGUAAUGAGGGAUAUGAACUGAUUGAUGGAUAUGAUUGCAGGCCGUAUGACACAACAACCUUCUCUACCGAUUUCGUGACCCCAACUUCGAGCUAUCCAAGUCCUGCUGUGACGCCAGGGGGUCUUCUCGGAAUCAUAGUAUGUAUUGUGUUCAUGAUUCUAAUCCUGGUAUUCCUUGUGCACCAAAUAUUGAAGCGUCGCCCGCAAUGGAAUGCUGCAAGCGGGCAUAAAAACCGAGGUGAAGACAUGCAAGACUUGCAACAAGUGAGGACGGAGAAGUAUACGCAGAAUUCUUCGUUUGUGAACAGAGAUUUAAAACAAGACACUUAAACACACUAUUAUCUCUCGUUUAUAUAUUUACAGUGUUUGUUUACGAAUGUUUA